AUGUGUAUCCGACGUGGCACGUCCACAUCCACCAGCUCAAGCAUAAAGGAUCUCCUUCAGCUUUUCUAUAGUCCAUUGUUACCUUAUCGAAUCCACAACAGCAGCACCCGAGUAGCUCGAAACAAGAAGAAAACUUCGCAGCAAAGAGAGAUGGCUUCCCUGGCAGCAUCCAGAGCAGCUGCCUCCCUUGGAGUGUCUGAAAUGCUACGAAACCCUCUCAAUUUCAGUGGUGCCACCAGGUCUGCUGCUCCUACUGCAUCGACCCCUGUCACAUUCAAGACGGUUGCUCUUUUUUCCAAGAAGAAGGCUGCUCCUAAAGCUAAGCCUGCUGCUGUUGUGCCAGCUGAUGACGAGCUCGCAAAGUGGUAUGGUAAGUGGGCCAUAUUUCUGUCCAUCUUCUCUUCUUUCCAUGUAAAUGCUGAAGUUGAGUUUUGCUGCUGUUAUAUGCUUGAAACAAACGAUAUUUCUUUGGCGGUUUCAGGUCCUGACAGAAGAAUUUUCUUGCCGGAAGGGCUCUUGGACAGGUCUGAGAUCCCAGAAUACUUGACUGGAGAAGUCCCUGGAGAUUAUGGUUACGAUCCUUUUGGUCUCAGCAAGAAGCCAGAAAACUUCGAAAAAUAUCAAGCAUUUGAGUUGAUUCACGCCAGGUGGGCCAUGCUUGGAGCAGCUGGCUUUAUCAUCCCUGAAGCCUUCAACAAAUUUGGAGCCAACUGUGGCCCUGAAGCUGUCUGGUUCAAGACAGGAGCUCUACUUCUUGAUGGCAGCACAUUGAACUACUUUGGCAAGAACAUCCCCAUCAACCUUGCCGUUGCUGUCAUAGCUGAGGUUAUCCUUGUCGGUGGUGCUGAAUACUACAGAAUCACCAAUGGAUUGGGUUUCGAGGACAAGCUUCACCCAGGUGGUCCUUUUGACCCAUUGGGUUUGGCAAAGGAUCCUGACCAAGCUGCACUCCUGAAGGUGAAGGAGAUCAAGAAUGGUAGACUUGCAAUGUUUGCCAUGCUCGGUUUCUUCAUCCAAGCUUACGUUACCGGAGAAGGUCCUGUCGAGAACCUGGCAAAACAUCUCAGUGAUCCUUUUGGCAACAACUUGCUCACUGUCAUUGCUGGUUCUGCCGAGAGAACUCCUUCGCUGUGA